GUCAUCUUAGAUGUAUCACCCACCGAGUCAAUACAAAGUUUGACUAAUGUCUUAACUCCGCCCUUUUUCUUCCAGGUCUCCUUUCCAAACCCCAUUUCACCAGGAACUUUCAGCCAGACGACGAGACAGUAUGACAACGUCAACGACAUUACCAUUGGAGUUAGUACUGAACAUUGCGCACCACGCACCGCUAUCAACACUCGCCUCAUUGCACAAGACGUGUUAUACCCUACAUGCGCACCUUCCUAGCCCCCAAUCUGUCUUGCAGCAACACUUUGACAGGCUACUCCGAACGUCAAAAACCAUUCACGAAGCACUGGGGCGUGCCCUUGUGGACAACACCUGGGAGCCAGGACCCCGAAGAACGCUCUUGAAGCUACUGGUGCAACACGGUGGUCAAUGGGAGCGUGCCUUUGCUCACUUGUGGCAUGCGGACAAAGCACUGCUGAUUCAGUUUGGUGGGAGCAUGCAUAGUAUUCAGGAAAUUCAUUUAUGGGAUCUGCAAACAAGGACGCUGAAAGGCGUCUGUAGCGAGUUUGCUGAAAUCAAGGACGUGGACAUGGUCAAGAGUUUUGUCCCCGCGUUGGGAUUGUUUGAAGUCGCGGCAUUGACGGGUUUGCCAGAGUUGGUCAAGGAAGCAAGUGAAAUGUGGAGGGAAUGGAGGGAAUAAUGGUAGCAGGUAGCAAACAUUUCUUGUAAAUAGUUUUUUUUUUUUUUGGUUACUGUACAUGCAAUGUGAAAAGGAUAUAUUUGAC